UGGAAAUGUGACCAACUAAGUGAUACCGAUUCCGUUAGUUAAAAACUUUUGAUCAAGCGAGCAAGUCGAGCGUGGCUUUUAAAAAAAUCUACAAAGAACAAGAUGUGUGACUACCAGAGAGACUACUCCUUUGUGUACGAGGACAGUUCCUGCGAGGGCGACGUCUCCAUGACCGCCCACGACAACGGCUUCGAGAGCAUGUGGCAGCAGGUGGGCGAGGAGCUUCGCCGGGAGCGGGAAAUGAACGAACUCAGCCAGCUUUUCCAGCAAAACCUGAACCUGAGCCCCACAGUUUUGGGCAAUCCAUGGAUGUUUUAGAAACAUCUCCCCAGAGCCAGCUCAUUGUGAUAUUUGUAUAAUUUGAGACUUGGUCGUGAGACCCUUGAUCGAUCAUUUGCCAGACAAGUGAUAUUCGUUGCAGUAUUUUUUUUUAAAGAAAAUGUUUUUAUUUUAUAUAUUAAUCCAGUCCCCAAUAUUAUUUUUGUAUACUUUGCUUAGUUUAUGAAGUUUUCCGUUUCAAUUGUUAUAUUUUCCGCGUUGUUUUGUUAUUUGAAGCAAACACAAAUGUUUGUCCUAGAUCCUAGAAACUGGCAAGAAAUUGCUGUCGAUAUCGUAUUCCAGUUAAGACUGUAAAAUCGAUAUAUUCGAAACUAAAAAAAUAUCAAUAAUAUUGUAUACAAGAACAUUAGAGGGAAGUUCGACGCCCAAUGCUAUAAUAAAUAUUCUAUGUUCAAAGCUUUGUCGUUCGAAAGCAA